AUGUCUUCCGCUCACCAGAUUUCUAUUCUCAAAUGUAAGAAGUGUAACGAUAUGAUACUUACUGGCAGUGUGGGAAGUCACCACUGCACCAAGUCUAACAGCGACGCGAAAAAGACGAACAAAGUAAAAAAAGUCUUCUCUGUGGAUCGGUAUUGUGCCGUACCGGAGAACGGAGUUCCAUGCAAAAAUUCUCUUACGUGCCGGUUGCAUUCGCUAGAGCAGAAAAAUAAGGUACAAGGACGUGUUUAUCCGGUGGAAGACCUGAUAAGAAUUUGGAAGAGAGAAAAAAAUAGGAGAAGAUGCGUUCGAAUUAGAGAGCCUAAGUGCCUGGACAUAGAACUAAAAAACAAGGCAUUGGAAAUUGUGAAGGGAUUAAAGCCUGUGGUGGAGUACAGGUUCGAUGACCAGAAAUUUUUGAGAGAAUCCAAAGAGAUAAGGAGCAUUUUUUCGGCACUCAAAAAAGACAAUAAUGGCAGUGUGUCGAUGUCAUCUACUCCCGUCAACGAAAAAAUUAGCAAAAAAGUUGGGCUCGCCACAAGGAAGUACAAACAAAGGGGACAGAAACAGGGGUCUAGCCUCAAACAAUAG